AUGUCGUCGUCUUCCAGCAGGCAGAACUCCAGAUUUUCGACUCUGAAGGUCUUCAAGUUUGCCGGCGUGCAGAAGCCACCACCGCCUCCACCAAAGGACCCGUAUUUUCAACCUAAUCACUCCCUUGCCUCUCUCUCUCAACCUGUCUCGCCGGGGACCUUCUCGCCGCCGUUCAUUACGCAGCCCAGCACACCCAUGUCUGCCAACUUCUCCUCCUCUGUUCGCAGUGUCUCGCCCUCGCCCUCGUACACUCUCAGUCACUCUGUCGCUAGCUAUGCGCCUACCUACGACCCUACACGGACGAUGCUGAGCCCGUCCCAGGCGUCGCUCACUCCAGAAUCCGCCAGCUCGAAGAAGUCGUUCUUCAAGUUCCCGUCCCUGAGCAAGCGACCGAAGACACCGAAGUUAUCGCCAGAGGAUCUACCGCCAGAGCCAGACCCUUCAAUAUCUAUGCCAUGGAACUUCCAGGUGCGUCGUGUCGCGACCGCAUUCUCGCACUGUUGUUGA